GCUGUGUAUUUCCAUCCCUCCAUCUCCGUAAUCAGAGUCAGCUGUAGGAGCGUUUGUUAUGCAGGGUGUGUGGUUUGCAGCGUUUUCCAAGGCUUUGCAUAUUUUCGGCAAUAGGAGAGUUCAAUACCGUUUAAAUCCUGCAUUUACGCGGAAAACAUACGCUGCUGAGCAUGGCUGUCGGCGGGCGUGUUACCGGGCGUCUUGGCUACGGGAACGGAUACUCGGACGGUCGUUCUUAUGCAGGAAUAAACGAGGAAAUUAUGUACGUUAGCAUAGGGAUGGGAAUCAUCAUUGCCAUUCUGAUUUGCAUUGCGCUUUGUUACAUCGCACGUGAAAAUUGUAAAAACAGGCGCGAAUACUACAUCACCGCAUAAAAUGUGAUUGACCUGACUAUAGCGGCGUAAUUUUUGGAAGUUAGUUUUACUAUUCAUAUGUUUCAUAGCUGCAUUCGUUGUACUCUUACAGCCAGUGGACUCCAGGAAUGGAGCUAAGCAAAAGAAAACUGAUUCAUAAUUGCUUUGGAAGCCUGCUGGCUUCUUGGUGCCCAUGAAAGUUAACGUAAAAGUCUGUUUAUUAACAAACAAUAAGUGUAAACUGUGGCUCGGUUCCUGUUAUAAAUUAUACACGGCGCUCUAAAUCGAAAGAGAUUUUUUACCAGAAUCUAUUUUCAAGGGUAUUAAUACUACAUUAUGAUACUACAAGAGGGAAAGGGAAAACCUAAUCCGAACGAACUAUAUAAAGGCAUGUUGGUUGAUGUGCUGCAUUCAAUAAAAAGAAUCUCCAAUGCAA